AUGGGUUCUAGACAAAUUGUAGAAAAGUCUCUGUCUAUGUUAAGGUCUCUCCCAAGAAUAUCACUUGCCAAUAUACGUGAUAACCCUAACUGCAAAAAAAAAUCAAAGCGAGGCCGUGCGCAGCAUGGUGGAGAUAAACAUGGUGCUGGCAACAAGGGGUCAGGCCAGAGACAGAAUUUCAUGAGAUUAGGUUAUGAAACUGGAAAUAACCCAUUUUAUUUGCGUGUCCCUCAAGAACAUUAUUACAGAGGUCAUCAUCUUAAAAGAGAAUACCCACCUUUUACUUUACUUCAGCUACAAACUAUCAUUGACAAAGAUUGGGUGGACAUAUCAAAGCCUAUAGAUAUUGCCAGUAUUAUUAAAUCUGGCAUCUAUACUUUCUAUCCUGACCAAAAACAAUUUGGCAUUCACCUGACAGAUGAAGGGUUGGACAAUUUUUCAGCAAAAAUCAAUAUUGAAGUUCAGUGGGCUAGUGAACAAGUUAUAGCUGCUAUAGAGAGAAAUGGUGGAGUCAUUACAACUGCAUACUAUGAUCCACACAGUCUGUUUUUACUCAAAAAUCCUAAAAAGUUUUUUGAAUCUGGCCAGGCUAUCCCUAGAAGAAUGAUUCCACCCCCUGAUGCCAUUGAGUAUUAUACAAGUGCUAAAACCAGGGGUUACCUGGCAGAUCCAGAGGAAAUAUCAAAGGAGAGAUUGAAACUUGCACAAAAAUAUGGAUAUGAUCUACCUAACAUUGAAAAUGAUCCAAACAACAAUAUGCUUUGUGAAAGGAAGGAUCCUAGACAAAUAUUUUAUGGUCUGCAACCAGGAUGGGUUGUAAACCUAAAGGAUAAUUGUAUUCUGAAGCCAAAGGAUCAGGACCUAUUACAAUUCUUUAAUUCUUAA